AUGUCUGGCCCUCGACGAAAUAAUCAACAACAACAACGUGGUAGUGGUAAUACAAACAAUUAUAUGUCGAAUAAUAAUCGUAAUAAUACAAGUAAUAUGGGUGGUUAUGGUGGACAAGGUAUAAAACGAAUGCGUGGUGAUGAUUUUCAUAAUGAUAAUGCGAACAGUGCUCAUCGUAUGAAAUGGGAUUCACCCGAUGAUGAUAAUCGUCCUAUGACAUUUAUGGAACGAAAUGAUAUUGAUCAACGAUCUGAUGUCUUCGGUCAAUUUACUAAUACUACAAUGAAUGAAACAACUGUACUUUGCUUAACAGUUCAAAAUGCUAAAUAUCCAAUUACACUUGAUGUUAUUCGAAAAAUAUGUUCAAUAACCGGACAAAUAUUACGUAUAUGUAUUUUACGUAAACGUAUUAUUCAAGUUCUUAUUGAAUUUGAUUCAUUUGAAACAGCAAGAAAAGUAAAAGAUGAACUCGACGGUGUAUGUUUUAUUUCUUGUUUAUUUAUUUUUUUUUAA